CCCGGCGGGGGACGUCAGCGCCCCAGGUGCAGAGGGCGGGAACUGCCUCGCACCUCCCCUCAGAGUGUAUUCCCCUCCUCCAUCCAGGCUGCGGGCCGGCCCAGGGCUACCCUUCCUGACCCGGCCACACCUGGAACCGCACCCCGGGCCGGGCUGAGGCCGAGAAGGGCGGCCCCCAAAGGGACCUGGCCAGGAGGAUCGGCGGGGCGCUGGCGAGGCCCGGAGGCGAGGGUGCGGCGGAGUGAGGCGAUGGCGCGGAGCCCGGGAGGCCGGUGCGCCCUGCUGCUGCUGUGGCUGCUGCUGGCGUCGGUCUGCUUGGACUUUGGAAAUGGACUUCACUUAGAGGUCCUCAGCCCCAGAAGCAAAGACAAGCAGCUCCCUAAGCACCCUCACUUGGUGCGGCAAAAGCGGGCCUGGAUCACAGCCCCUGUGGCUCUUCGAGAGGGAGAAGACCUUUCCAGAAAGAACCCAAUUGCCAAGAUUCAUUCUGACCUCGCAGAAGAAAAAGGAAUAAAGGUCACCUACAAGUACACUGGGAAGGGGAUUACACAGCCACCUUUCGGCAUAUUUGUGUUCGAUAGAAACACGGGGGAACUGAACGUUACCAGCAUUCUUGACCGGGAAGAAACGCCAUUUUUUCUGCUGACAGCCUACGCGCUGGACUCCAGAGGGAACCACCUGGAGAAGCCCUUAGAGCUGCGCAUCAGAGUUCUCGACAUCAACGACAACGAGCCAGUGUUCACACAGGAUGUCUUCGUCGGGUCCAUUGAAGAACUGAGUGCAGCGCAUACACUGGUGAUGAAAGUCAGUGCAACGGAUGCAGAUGAGCCCAAUACGCUGAAUUCUAAAAUCUCCUACAGAAUUGUCUCUCAGGAGCCUGCAAAUAGUCCCGUGUUCUACCUAAAUAAAGACACUGGGGAGAUAUACACAACUAGUUUUACUCUGGACAGAGAGGAACACAGCAGCUAUUCCCUGACGGUGGCGGCGAGCGACACCGAAGGACAGAUAACAGACAAGCCAGUACAGCAAGCUCAAGUUCAGAUUCGUAUUUUGGAUGUCAAUGACAAUAUACCUGUAGUGGAAAACAAAUUGUACGAAGGGGUAGUGGAAGAAAACCAAGUCAAUGUAGAAGUCAUGCGUAUCAAAGUGACUGACGCAGAUGAAAUAGGCUCCGACAACUGGUUAGCAAAUUUUACAUUUGCAUCAGGAAAUGAAGGCAGCUAUUUCCACAUUGAGACUGACACGAAGACUAAUGAAGGGAUUGUGACCCUUGUCAAGGAAGUCGACUAUGAAAAGAUGAAGAAUCUCGACUUCAGUAUCCUCGUCACUAAUAAAGCGGCUUUCCACAAGUCUGUUAGGAACAAGUACAAGGCUACACCCAUUCCCAUCACUGUCAAGGUCAAGAACGUGGUUGAAGGCAUCCAUUUUAAGAGCAGCAUAGUCUCAGUCCGAGCUAGUGAGGCAAUGGACAGGUCCAGCCUCAGCCGGUCCAUUGGAAAAUUUCAAGUUUUUGAUGAAGACACUGGACAAGCAGCUAAAGUAAAAUACACAAUAGUGGAAGAUAGAGACAACUGGGUCUCUGUGGAUUCUGCCACUUCAGAAAUUAAACUUGUAAAGAUUCCUGACUUUGAAUCUAGAUUCGUCCAAAAUGGUACCUACACUGUAAAGGUUGUGGCUGUGUCCGAUGAUCAUCCUCAAAAGACCAUCACCGGCACCGUCGUCAUCACCGUUGAGGACAUCAAUGACAACUGUCCCACGCUGGUGGACUCAGUGCGGAGUAUCUGUGAGGACGCGCCAUACGUGAACGUCACUGCACAGGAUCUGGAUGGACCCCAGAACAGUGGGCCGUUCAGCUUCUCCAUCAUUGACCAGCCACCUGGAACAGCAAACAAAUGGAAAAUAACACACCGAGAAAGUACCAGCGUCCUGCUGCAGCAAAGCGAGAGGAAGCCCGGGAGGAGUGAGGUGCCCUUGCUCAUUUCCGACAGCCAGGGCUUCAGCUGCCCCGAGAAGCAGGUCCUUCGGCUCACGGUGUGCAAGUGUCUGAGCGGUGGUGGCUGUACGGAAGGCUUGUAUGACAACUACGUUGGCCUGGGACCCGCCGCGGUCGCCCUCAUCAUCCUGGCCCUCCUGCUUUUGCUCCUUGUGCCACUCUUGCUGCUGAUGUGCCACUGUGGAGAGGGCGCCAAGCACUUCACCCCCAUUUCUGAGACCAUACAGAUGCUUCACCCUUGGAACAAUGAAGGGGCACCACCUGAGGACAAGGUGGUGCCGUCGCUUCUGAUGGCAGAACACGCGGAGAAUUCAGCCAUGAGAAACGGAGUAGGAGGUGCGACGCUCAAGGAAGGCAUGGCGAAAGGCAGUAGCUCAGCUUCCUUCACCAAAGGGCAGCAUGAGCUGUCGGAGGUUGACGGAAGAUGGGAGGAACACAGAAGCCUCCUUACUGCCGGGGCCACUCACUUCGUAGGGACAGCAGGAGCCAUCGCUGCCAAUGAAACCCUCAGGACAAAAGCCAUGGGGGCUUCCAGAGACGUGGGUGGGGCUCGAGGAGCCGUCGCGAUGAAUGAGGAAUUCUUAAGAAGUUACUUCUCGGAGAAGGCGGCCUCUUAUGCUGAGGAAGACGACCUUCACAUGGCCAAAGACUGCCUUCUUCUUUACUCUCAGGAAGAGACAGACUCUCCAAGGGGCUCCAUUGGGUGCUGCAGUUUUAUCGAGGAAGAGCGUGACGACCUGUUCUUAGAUGACCUGGGCCUUAAGUUCAAGACACUAGCUGAGGUUUGCCUAGGUCGAAAGAUCAACGUGGACGUGGACAUGGACGUGGACGUGGACAUUGACCAGAGGCAAAAGCCUGUCCGAGAAGCAAGUGUGAGGCCGGCUGUGGGCUCGCACUAUGAGCAAGUGGCGGCCAACUCAGAGAGCGUGUAUGCCUCUGAGAGGGCCUUCCGAGUCCCAAAGCCUCUGCAUGAAGCACAGGCAGAGAAAGUCACACAGGAAAUUGUCACUGAAAGCUCUGUGUCUUCCAGGCAGAGUCAGAAGGUAGUGCCACCACCUUCUGACCCCGUGGCUUCGGGUAGUAUUAUAGUGACGGAAACUUCCUAUGCCACAGGCUCUGAGGUGCCGCCCACCACUGUGAUCCUGGGUCCCAGGCAGCCCCAGAGCCUUAUUGUGACAGAAAGGGUGUACGCUCCCACAUCCACCUUGGUGGAUCAGCAUUGUGCCAAUGAAGAAAGUGUCCUCGUUACCGAACGAGUGAUCCAGCCAAAUGGGGGUCUCCCUAAGCCCCUCGAGGUGGCCCAGCAUCUGAAAGAUGCACAGUAUGUUAUGGUGAGGGAAAGAGAGAGCAUCCUUGCUCCGAGCUUGGGUGUGCAGCCCACUCUGGUAACACCCGGCGUGGCAGCAGGACAGAAUGUCAUGGUGACAGAGAGAGUACUGACUCCUGCCUCCACCCUGCAGUCCAGUUAUCAACUUCCCAGUGAAACCUCUCUCACGGCUAGGAAGACUGUGCUUUCUAGCGUGGGAGGCCCAGGCCCUCUGUCCAGCUUAGGUUUAGAGGAAUCUGGCCGUCCCGGUUCGACUGUAACCACAUCUUCCACCAGGGUCACCAAGCAUAGCACCGUGCAGCAUUCUUACUCCUAAACAGAAGCCAGCUGCAGUCUGGAGCUUACCUAGCUUCAACUGGAUGUGUGUUUCCAUGCCCCUAAUGUUAUAUGAGCCACAUGAAGACUUACACGGCUAUGCCGAGAGCCACAGGUCUCAGGGAGGGCUGUAUUUCAGAAAUGCACAUCUGUGAUGCUGGAGGCAUGGAGUGAAGAUGCUGGGUCCUAAGUGCCUUUUAGUGAUACAAGCAAUACUCACAGACUAGACAAGUAAAACUGGCUUCCCAGAACUUGCCAAAUUAAAAGCAUGGUUUCCAGUCCAUUGGUCCAAAGGGAUGGGUGGCUCUCUGCACAAUGCAUUGAUAUUCAGCAGGCACAAUAUAAGUCCCGCCCCUUACGUUACAGAGCCACGCAGGUUUUAGGUGCCAGAUAGCUCAUCUACCCAGAGAUGCAUCUCCACUCUGGGCCUUCCACUUCUGGUUUUUUCUCUUCUGGUUCUGGUUCUUUUUAACCUUGGAACCCUGAGUAUGAGAGGAGGGCGGAAG